CUAACUCUGGUGGCAUUUAAGCCUUCCGGUACGAAACAUUGAAUUGCUGGAAAGCUGUUUGUACAAUUGCUGUUCCAAAUGGGCAGCUGUUCCCAAUGUGAAUUAUUGGUUCAAUCAGUGCUACUAAUUCGGUACGGUGUUGCAUACUUGCCCCAUGCAUCAGGUGGUUUGUAAUGUGCUGCAAUACUACGCCCUACGACUAACAAAGCUCAGUAACAGCUCAGUGCAGCCAAUAAAGCUUGGUGUUAAAAAUUCCGGAAUAGCCUAACCGGGUGCUAGCUAUUCGCUACACCGGCCGACAUAAUAGCUAGUAAAACAUCUUUAUCGUACUAACCUAUCAUGGAUUAGUUUCUGCGAUGUCUGUAAAAAGCAUGAUCCUACGAGACUGUUUAAAUGGAACCAGUAGCUAAGGAGAUAAUGGCAAGCUAAAAAACCUACUUUUCCCAUUACGAUACACGCACAGAUGUAAAUGUGUCCCGAGACCUUUUGCAAUGCCAUUCUUGGGACGAACUUAUAGAGUAGUAGCGAUUUACGGCAAGAUAAAUGGGGCUUUUCAAUUUAUGCAUCCCAACGCCCGUGAGUCGUACUUGGCGCCCAGUAUAGUUACGAGAAACUCGAUUAGAUUAGAGAAUGAUAUGUCAAUUAGCGUAUCGAUUACAAGACGGGCAAACUCGACAGCAAUCGAAAAUAUUUUUAUUUCUCCACAUUCACCGUUAAAAGUUUCCUCCACGAAUCGAUCAAAUUCGCUUCCGGGGUUUUUUUUUAAAGCGGAUGCUUUUAAGAGCAUAUUAAUCUGGUACGCGAUUGAGCGUGUAAAGGAAAAACAUACUUUUGCCAUUUCCCGAUCUCAAAUACAACCCCUAAUUGGAUGUCACAUGAUAGUGGUCGAAGAAAUCUUAAUAUACACACGUAUUCCGUAACGUACAGUGGAGAAGAGAGAGAGGAGCAUCCCCAACACAACCCCCUAUAAGCUCGUCUAAGGCCACGCAACACAACCCCGCAACUCCAUUUGCAUAGUCAUCAAUCCUAGAAUUGAUCUCUAAAUAAACCAAUUUAUCUGCACGAUGACAAAUAAUCCACCCACAUCGUUCAGCUUUUGCCAGCUGAUGCGUUCCAUUGCAUUCGGUGGGGGUGGUAUGCUGCUUAAACGUUUCGCAUUCAAGUAGACCACCUUCCUCCGUGUUUGUACUGCGUGCUAAUUCCCCACGGUAAACAAACAUUUAGUCUUCGCCAAUGUCAAUCCGUCCGUCAGCUUGCGCACGGUGGAAUGAUUGAUGAAGACGGUCCUAACCGACCACGAAUGGUUCGAGAGGGGGGGCGAGAAGGAAAAAAAACAGAGGAUCCGCUUUUAAUGACCGAGUACCGAUAUAGUAUUUCCCCAUUACGGCAUGAUCCAGUACUGUAGAACCUGACCCAGUACCUUGCAACUUGAUUUAGACCUCCAACGAAGUUUUUUCCUGAGACUUACUCCAGUGAUAAGAGAUUAAAAAGAGGCAAAAAAGAGACACGCAAAACAGAUUAUAUACUCCCCCUAAAUUGCCCAGAAGCUGCGUAAGGUGGUGCCUGCGUACGGUUCGAGUUUGCAAAUUAUUAACCGAUCAACUUCUCCGACGAUGAGGCUCAAUUAUCUGCGUUUCUGUUUUUGCCGUACGUUUUUCCACGCGUAUUGGUUUACGUGCGUAUUUCCGAUUCGUCAUACGGACCACCUGCCCCACAGUUCCACCUGAUCCACCAUGUCUGGCGGUAUAAUUACUAUCAUUCGAAAUAAAUUAUUUGUUCAACCCACUAUGGAGAACCAAACAAUGUACCGUGCUGGUGAAUAUGGUGGUAAGGUUUGGCACGUUGGAAGAUAAAGUAUUGCUAAUAUCAUAAUUGAAACCAAUGAAGAAUGAUAUUUAGCGUCUGAUCAUCAUAACGGGGGCGAAACCGAUAAUGACCAGGUCAGAUGGUGCGUUUUCAAUCAUCAUCCUCACUCUUGAUUUCGUUGUUAACUCCCGUGUCUGUUGGUACUUGAACUGUAUUUCAUACCCGAUUGGAAUCUCUUACUUCAUUCGCAAGCAAGCACGAGAUGGUGUUUUUAACUCGGUUCUUUUAAAUAGACCACACAUUGCACGAUUUAAACGAGCGCGUUAACAAUAAUAGGUGCGAUAUUAAAAGCUACAAUGUAAAUUAUAUUCAACUCUCUAUGUACAUCGUGCGACCGAUGCAAUCACCUUCGAAGCAUUAAGAACCCGCAUCCUCAAUCAAAGCGUUUAGUCGUACGCCAUCGAUUGAGUUAUGAGUUUCAUAAGCUGGACACGAUCGCCGGAUACAUAAAUACUCGCCCUGGCAUGGGGAGAUUAGAUAAGUGAACGUAAACACGGUAACUCGAUGCUCAUUCAGCCACCAACUGGGUAGAAGAGGAAGCCAUACAGUGUGCUAACCGCCAACACGUUGAAACGCACAGCUCCGCAAACAAACCGUAUGCUAUCGUGGACGGGACCGUCGCCGCUGGCAACAUCAGCAACAGGUAGGGUGACAUCGCCAUCGGGUCGGCGAAUUCUACGGCCGCAGCGCGUACAUCACCAUCGUACGGGAGACGUCCGAGUUGGGCGCAACACAGGCGGUUUUGUCAACGAUCAAAUAGGCGCUAGCACUCAUAAACAUCAUAGCAAAUCGAUCGAUCGUGUUUCAACGGUAAAGCAACACCCGCGUCUGUACAAGAACAUCCAGCAAGGCUCCGUUACGCUCGAGAUGGGAAGCCAAGUAUUUCUGGAACCGGAUCAAAACAGAACGUUAGUGUACAGCUCCAAGCAAGACACUGCUAUGCAUCGACAACGGACUCCCUUCGUGAAGAGAAAAAAUGGACGACAACAUCACGGUUCGCAUCAUCGCGUUAAAGUUCCGGGCAGUAUGAUCUCCGGCGGUGGACCACGACGUAAUGGAUUACCGCCACAGCAAAAGUUCACAAACGUCGGUGAUCUUUGCAUCAGCUGUCCACCGGAACGGACCGCGAUCGCACGGAAAGGGCUCGACGGUGUUAUGAUCGAACCACCCUGUCUGUCCACCUGCAAUGGACGACCGAUUUCCAAGGAACUGUACGAGCUGGAAACAUUGUUCGGUCCGCGGGCAAACUUUGUCCUGCCCCACUCAAAUGGACCACCGUACAGCUUCAUGGCGAAGGUGGUUAGCAAACAGACCGGCAACACGGUGCUUACGUGCGAUCUGCGCUACAGAGUGAUCGUGAAACAGUGCAAACGGUACAAGCCGAAGAAUCGCGAUCUGAAAGUAAGCUGCAGUCUGGGCAAUAUCUGGGGCUCACGGUGUACGUUCCAUUGCCGCAGCGGUGGUUACCUUAGCCGACCGAACUCCUUCGUUGAAUGUGGCGAGGACGAACUUUGGGAAGGAGAAGAACCGUUUUGUACUUUUAAUGAUGUCUCCGACGAUUAUGCAGCCGAUAGCGAUACGCUAAACGUUGCAGGCGAUUGCCAGCUGGAUAUUCCACCGGAAAAUGGACGAUUUGCCUGUGAUCUGAAAGAUAACGAAAGUGCUUCCAACGAACUGGCCGUCCCGAAUGGUACCGCGUGCCAGGUGAAGUGUAACGAUGGGUACCACAUCCCUGGACAUCUACAACCUGCCACCUACUUCGGAUGUAACGACGGUCGAUGGAAUAACACGAUGCGACACUUCUGUUACAAACCCACACCGAUGUCUGCCGGAAAUAACCAACGGCGCCGAGUUUAUGGUUAGGAAUUGCACUAAUUGCUGCAAUCCGAACAAGCUUUCAGGACAAAUAGUUAGAGCUCGAUGUAGUCGUUUGUUUUAUUAGUAAAGCGCAAUUUGCAAUUUUCUCAGUGUGUGCGGCUGUUAGUUCGUCGAACUUACGAAUGCAAAAGGAAGGAACUUAUUUAGGGCGCAGCAAAAUAGUGAACUGUAUUUUACAACAAAAAAAUCUUUAAGUCAUAACAUUAUCAAACUCAUAGUACUGUUGCCAUAAUGAUCUAGCGCGAAAGGACAUAGACUAAAACCCUAAAUUCCCAUGAUCUGCAAAUGCUCUGCCACGAAGGGUUCUAGUGUUCUAGCUAGGCAGCUAACUCUCAAGGACAUCCAAAGGAUUUCUGUCCCAAACUAAGCCUUUCGUGUCGUUUGUUUCUUUCAUUUGGCAUUACAAAACGGAGCUACUACUAACAAAAUUAAGUUGGGCAGAACAUUUAGUCGAGAACAUGGCAAAGCAACAAAGUUGCAUUAUAGCUAAGAAAACCGUAAACUUGUUCCUUACUGAUGAGGGUGAAAUGUAUUACGAUUGUGUGUGUUUUUUUUUCUUAUUUUUGCUUGAUAACUCUAAUAGUUAAUUAAUAGAAAACGCGAAGAAAACGAUCGACAAAUGCAUAUGUAUUAAUUUAAGAAAGAUAUAAUUUACGCUUGGUCGUAAAAUUGGUAGGGAAACAUAAUUUACAAAUCAAAAAAACUGCAAAAUGAACUGUUGUAAAGGUGAUUUCUUUCUUAUUGGUUUGAUUUGUAAUUUCGUAGUGAGGAUAUCUUCGAAUUUCAAUAUUAUUUCCACUAAUUUUGUUCAUAAACACUGAUUCAAAAGUUGUAAUAUUGCUGAAGUUAUACGUUUAUAGUCAAGAAACAAAAUUAUCCUUCCGUUUGUUACCUGAAGAUGUAAACAGUUUCUAAACAGUUUGAAAAUAUAAAAAGGUAUAAUUUAA